AUGAUCAAGCCACGACUCGCACCUCGUUUGCUGCCAUCGACGCAGGCCUGGUUGUCAUCGUCGUCCCUGUCGGCGUCGUCGUCGUCCUCAUCGUCUCACGUGCGCGCCGUGCAGCAUCCACCCCGCCAGCUUCAGCGUCGCUGGCUUGCUACGGGCCCCACAGCUCCGACCCCGGCGCGACGUAGCACCUACGACAUUGCGCUUUUAGUUGCAGGAGGUGCAGGUAUCUCUGGCUUGCUCAUUUGGUCCGCGUCACAGCGCAAGGAAAAGGAGGAAGCGAUGGGCCGACAGGGCGAGGGCAUGCGAUCGAGCUUCACCGUGCCCGUCAUAUCACAGUGAGUCACCCAGCUUGUGAGAAUCCCCAAAGUUCCCGUAUCCCUUGUUUCCUUGCUCGAGGAUGCCGACCCAGGACCUUGUACGCCCAACACUCGAUGCUUCCAAAGCGGCCGGUCCGGUCACCGCGCCGCCCCACCUCCCACCUAACGUCGACCCUUGGCUCGUCCCCGCUUCGUGUCGAUCGACCACCUUCAGCGAAGCGUUCUGGCCCAGUGCUGCCGCCAUACCCCCAAGUCAUAAAUCUGACACAAUGCCCUCCCCCCUCUCCUCCUCAGAACGGGCGCUCCAGGAACAAAGACCUUGACCCGGCUCUCACCGGCCGAAACCGAUGCACGGCUCAAAGAGCACGAGGCGUCCUAUGCUGUCUCGAGGCGAGCGAACCCCGUCUUUCGCUACGACACCACCUCAGUCGCUUCCAACUCGCCGAUCGAGGACGACUCGUGCUGCGUCAUUCUCGAACGAGACGGUCGCAUCAAGGACUCGGUCCAGGGCGAUCUCGUCUUUUGGGGCGUGUUCGGUCAGUCCCCUCCCUUCCCUCCACAUUGACUGGUUGCUCGAAAGGGACCAGUGAGCGGCGUACUGACCGUCCCCUCCCCCUGCGCCCUCGCUAUAGACGGACACAGUGGAUGGCAAACGAGCCGGUUGCUGUCGUCCACCCUCGUCUCCUAUGUCGCUCGCGAACUCGAUCUCGUCUUCCGCGGCGCCCCCGUUUACGCCGCUGAGCUGGCCAAGCUACCUUCAACAACGCUUCCGACCCCACCUUCCGCCUCUGCCUCCUCCUCCUCUGGCUCUUCCAUUUGGUCCUUAUUCUCUUCCGCCCCACCUCAGCCCAAGCUGGACCUGGACGUCUACGAUCCGAUCCUACAAACCGCGAUCAAGAACGCCUUUGCGGCUAUGGAUAAUCAGAUCGUUCAGGCCCCCGUGCGGUUGUUGGAAAAAGCCGAAAAGGCCGGCAACAAACUCAGCAAGCCAAGUCCGGAACAAAUCCUGGGGCUGGAAGAGUCCGAGGCGCUGCAGACGUUGUUGCCCGCGCUUUCGGGUAGCUGCGCCUUGCUGUGCUUCCUCGAUGCGGGCAGGAACAAGCUUCACGUCGCCUGCACCGGUGACUCGCGCGCCGUGAUGGGAACGUGGGAACCGGCACAGAGCGGUGGUGGCGGGAAAUGGCGAGCCGAGGUCUUGAGUGACGAUCAGACGGGGCGCAACCCCAAGGAGGUCAAGAGGUGAGUCGGCCGGGAGUGACGUCGCAUUCGAAAGCCUCGCCAAAACUAAGUAUCACCCCGCUUGCUCCCACAGGAUGCAAUCCGAGCAUCCACCAGAAGAGGCCGAGACGGUGAUCACUCGUGGUCGUGUCCUGGGAGGGCUCGAACCGACUCGAGCGUUUGGCGACGCACGCUACAAGUGGCCACCGGGAACGGCCGAGCGGCUCGCGCAAGCAUUCCACCCUGGCUCCGUCCGCGGUCGUCCCAAAAACUACCACACCCCACCUUACGUGACCGCCGUCCCGGAGGUCGUUAGCGUGGAUUUGUCGGCGGGUCUGCCCUCGCAGCGACGAUCGCUCGCUUCUUUCUUGCCCGUCUCUUCUUCUUCCGAACCGCCGCAACCUCAAGCGACGCGCUUUAUCGUGCUCGCCACCGACGGUCUCUACGAUCGGCUCAACAAUGACGAGAUCGUUGCGCUCGUCGGAGGCCAUCUUUCCGGCGUCCGGGGGAACCAGUCCCGACCGAGCGUGAUGAACCACGUUAACGACCAGAGCAUCGGCACGGACCUGUCGCACAUGCAUGCGCCUCGACAGGAACCGACGCGAGGCGAAGGCGACGUGUUCUCGUUCGAGGACGGCAAUUUGGCGACGCAUCUCGUGAGGAAUGCGCUCGGGGGUGCCAAGAAGGAACAGGUUUCGGUUCUACUUAGCAUUCCCGCACCGCUCAGUCGGCGUUAUCGAGACGAUGUGAGUUGCGCUUGUCCAGUCUUACCUGAUGCUAUUGAUGUUGACGCUCUUUGUUUCUCCCUGUUCUCAGAUCACCGUCACCGUCAUCUUGCUCGCUGAUCCUGUUCAGGGGGGAGAAGGUGGGGCCGGAGGGGUUUACCGCCGGGACACACUCGAAGGGCCGAUUAAAGCCAAGCUGUAG